AUGUCCGUCCGCGCCGCUGUCCGGCUCGUCAUCCCGGGACCUCCCCGCAGGAGCCGGGUCACCGGGCCCGACCCCCGCCUGCCGGAGCGGCUCCGGUUGUUCGAGCGGCUGCGGGCGGAGCAGCGGGAGGGGAGCGGGGAUGGGAGCAACGGGGAACGGCCCCUCCCGGGGACCCCCAUCCGCAUCUCCUUACCCGGCGGAAGGCACCUGCCCGGCCGGGCCCUCCAGACCACCCCUCUCCAGGUGGCCCAACAGCUGGGGGGUGACCUGCCCGAGGUGACCCUGGUGGCCCGGGUGAACGGGACCCUGCAAGACCUGGAUUGUCCCCUGGUGGGUGACACCCAGCUGGAGCUCUUGGACUUCUCCUCUCCUGAGGGCCGCACGGCCUUCUGGCAGUCAGGUGCCUGUGUCCUGGGGGCAGUGGCCCAGGACUUCUUUGGGGCUACCUUCUGUGGUGGCCGGGCCACCCACGAUGGCUUCUUCUGUGACCUCCACAUGGGGGACAGGACAGUGCAAGGGGACGAGCUGCCAGCCCUGCAGGAUGCCUGUGUCACCUUUGCCCGCCAGGGCCACCGCUUCCAGCGCCUGGUGGCCACCCGCCCACAGCUGGCCCAGCUCCUCCAGCACAACCCCUUCCAGCUGCAGCAGAUGGAGGAGGAGCUGAGGUCCCCAACUGCCACCAUCUACCGGUGUGGCCCCCUCCUCCACCUCUGCCCGGGCCCCCUCCUUCCUCACACCGCCCUCAUCCUCGCCCUCCAGCUCCUCACGUCCUCAGCUGUCACCUGGCAGGGGAGGGGACACUCUCUGUCCCUCCAGCGGGUCACUGCUGUGGCCUUCCCCACCCCAGAAGCCCUCGGGGGGUGGCAGAGAGCCCGGGAGGAAGCGGCCCGAAGGGAUCACCGACGGAUUGGGAGGGAACAGGAGCUUUUUUUCUUCCACAAACUCAGCCCCGGCAGCUGCUUCUUCCUCCCCCGGGGUGCCCACAUCUACAACAGUUUGGUGGAGUUCAUCAGGAGUGAGUACCAGCAGAGGGGUUUCUCAGAGGUUGUCACCCCCACCCUCUUCAGCCGCCAGCUCUGGGAGCUCUCGGGGCACUGGCAGCACUACGCGCCACACAUCUUCUGUGUCACCUCCCCUGGGGGACACCAGGAGGACCCCAAGGGACUGUCCCUCAAACCCAUGAACUGCCCAGCACACUGCCUGAUGUUCAGCCACCGCCCUCGCUCCUGGCGGGAGCUCCCCCUGCGCUUUGCAGACUUUGGGGUCCUGCACCGGCACGAGAACCCCGAGAGCCUGCGGGGGCUGACGCGGCUGCACCGCUUCCAGCAGGACGAUGGACACAUCUUCUGCACCCUCCAGCAGCUGGAGGCUGAGGUGGCUGCCACCCUGGAGUUCAUCCGUUCCGUCUACUCUGUCCUGGGCUUCUCCUUCCACCUGGCCCUUGCCACGCGCCCCACGACCUUUCUGGGGGACCCCCACCUCUGGGACCAGGCUGAGCAGCAGCUGCAGCGGAGCCUUUGUGCCUUUGGUCACCCCUGGGAGCUGAGCCCUGGGGACGGCGCCUUCUACGGCCCCAAGAUCGAUGUCCACAUCCAGGACGCACUGGGCCGUCCCCACCAGUGUGGCACCAUCCAACUGGACUUCCAGUUGCCCCAGAGGUUCCAGUUGAAGUACACCAGUGCCAGCGGGGGGGUGGAGUGCCCGGUGCUGAUCCAUCGCGCGGUUCUGGGCUCAGUGGAGAGGAUGGUGGCAGUGCUGGCAGAGAGCACUGGGGGACGCUGGCCCUUCUGGCUGUCCCCACUGCAGGUCAUGGUCAUCCCUCAGUCACCUGAUGUAGAGGACUACGCCCGGGAGGUCCAGGCUGCCCUGCGGGGGGUGGCCCUGGUGGCCGAUCUGGACGGGGACACCGGGGCCACCCUGGCCCGGAAGAUCCGCAGAGCCCAAUUGGCCCAUUACAACUUCCAGAUGGUUGUGGGUCCCAAGGAGCGUUCCCGUGGGACCGUCAACAUCCGGACCCGACAGAACCGCCGGGUGGGGGAGCAGGACCUGGACCGAACCCUGGAGCGGCUCCGGUACCUGCGGGACUCCCGAGUGCCCGACGCUGAGGAGCGGUUUUGACCCCACCCCCCACGCCCCCCGGCACCACCCCCCACGCCCCCCGGAACCAC